AUGGCCGAAAAGGCAGCCAGCAGCUCGGCAAUCCAUGGUUCCCUAAAUAAUAUCCCAGUGUCCCAACCACAAGGGGCAUCGGACCCUAACCUAGUAACAUGGAAUGGUCCGGAUGACCCAGAGAACCCCAAGAAUUGGCCGCAGAGUCGAAAAUGGACGACAAUUCUUCCUAUGUCCCUGUUUAACUUCCUCUCAUCAAUCAGCUCCGCUACCAUGGCACCGGCAUUAACCGCCAUCCAAGAAGAUCUCAACUUUUCCUCUAGUCUCCUAGCUGUCUUAUCUCUGUCGGCAUUCUUACUAGGGACAGCAUUCAUUCCAUUGUUCACAGCCCCGCUGUCAGAAGUAUUUGGCAGAUCCUUAAUUCUUCAGUCCGCGAACAUCUUUUAUAUCGUCUUCAACACACUCUGUGGAGUAGCGCGGACUCCGACUCAGCUUAUUGUCUUCCGCUUCUUUGCGGGCUUAGGUGGAGCGGGUCCUUUUGCAAUUGGCAGUGGUAUAAAUGCCGACCUCUUUACUCCCCGAGAACGUGGACAAGCUCUUGCAGUUUAUACCCUAGCUCCUCUGGCAGGAGUGGCGAUCGGCCCGAUUGCAGGCGGCUUCCUGGUCCAAUACACAUCCUGGCGCUGGUGCUUCUACGUUGUGUCUAUUGCCGGUGGUGCCAUUCAGGUUUUCUGUCUGCCUUUUUUCCGAGAAACAUUUGCGCCCAUCCUCCUCCAGAAACGCUGCAGACGUCUCCAGAAGAGCACUGGAAACCUCAACCUCUAUACCGAACACGACACCGUGUCGCUUCCAAAGCUUCUAAGUACCAGCAUUGUAAGGCCUCUCAAACUACUCGCGACUCAGCCUGUCGUGCAGGUGUGGAGCUUAUAUUGCGCAUACCUGUACGGCAUUCUCUAUCUACUGAUUGCAAGUUUUCCGGACGUGUGGACAGACGUCUACGGUGAGUCCGUGUCCAUUGGAUCGCUCAACUACAUCUCCAUGUUCAUCGGAAUGGGCGUGGCUUCUCAGAUCGGAACACGACUAGCCGACCGAUAUUAUAGGAAGCUCUGUGACAACAACGGAGGCCAGGGUCUUCCUGAGUUUCGUCUUCCGGUCCUCAUCCUCGGGGCCUUUAUUGUGCCGGUGGGUCUCUUCUGGUACGGGUGGAGUGCCAGAUCAAAUAUCCACUGGAUCAUGCCCAAUAUCGGCGCGGCAAUCUACAGUGCCGGGACCAUUUUAGAAAUUCUUUGUGUCAUGGGUUAUAUCAUUGACACCUAUCAGAAAUAUGCCGCAAGUGCCAUGGCAGCUAUCAUUGUGCUACGGAGCAUUCUUGCCUUUGCCCUACCCCUAGCAGCACCUAGCCUUUAUGGCAACCUAGGAAACGGAUGGGGCAACACGCUCCUAGCAUUGAUGGCAACGUUUAUCGGUAUCCCCUGUACCGUUGCACUUAAGUACUACGGACCCGCUCUCAGAAAGCGGAGUCCAUACGCUAGAGACGACUAA